AUCUGGGCUCUCGGUGUUUUAAGUUUUUUUUGGCUCUGGCUUGAUGAAGUGAGUGAGAAAAUGCCAACGAAUGUUUUAUAAUUUAAUGCCUAGAACGCAAGCCAUCGCUUUUUUUAUUUUUGAAAAUUGGACGGGUGUUCCAAAACGACACACACUCCGUUGCAGACAGUGUGUAUGGGCCAGGUUUAUUCUUUUUUACGAGUCUAGCUCUCCGAAUCUUUAAAUGUGGUGAAACAUUGAAAACACCGACGAUGCUUUUACAAAAAAAUUUUUUGCCCUUACUAACGAGCAAUUACUGACAUGUCAAAUGCACGUCACAUUCCUUAUAAUACGAGAGACUUUGAUAGCAGUUUUCCUAAAAAGAACUUCCCGCCACCAUUUUUUAUCUCCUCCUUUCAAACCCACCCUUUCUCUUCCUUUUACGCCAGUUUAGGCUUACUUUAUAUUCUGGAAACUGUCGAUAUUCAACUUUACGUUGAAAAUUUUUCAAAGCUUUUGUCAAUCGCCGAGGCCAACUUUCAACCUCCCAGCCAGCGUCAACCUUUAUAUAACCAAAAAAUCGAUAUCUCUGACAUGUCUAGCGGUACCCUCUCGUACGCCGCUGCCAACAGCACAAACUGUCCGCCACAGGCACUGCCACCUGCAUCGGAUGUAACAUUAUCGGCAACGUCAUCCCCACAGCAAAACAUGGGCGACAUGGCCAUGGCAGCAGCCACUGCACCCGGUGAUGUGCAUUUGAGUGAAUUCACGUCGUGUCCGGAGAGCAAUGGCACUAUUUCCGGCGACGCCCAGUAUACCGAAGGUCUUGGGAUCACAUCAUCAUCCCCGGAUAUACCCCAGUUGGACGAGUCUGAUCAGGUUGUCGCUGAAACCAAAAACAUGCUGGUGUCGUCCUUGCUGCUAAAGCCGUAUUCCUCCGCUGCUUCCAAACUCGCAAAUGCAGAUGAUGCUGUUGCCUCGAUGUCAACCCCACAGAGCUUACAAGACAGCGGCAACUCAAGCAUUUCGCCCUUAGAUAUGCUCAUUGCCGCCCUCGAUCCACAAAAGUCCAGCCAGAUCCCGUUGAGCAAUAAGCCCCCUGCGUCUAUUCUCGGCCAAUGCCCGUCAGCUAUAACCUGCGAUUCUGCAGACGGCGCGGGCAAUGGAGCAGGAUGGGUGUGGCAGACUGUUCGGCCAUGGGGUCUACGCUUACAGACAAUCUUUGGGAUUCUGCAGCAGCUGCAGCAUCAGCAGCGGCAGACAGCGCUCAGAACCAAUAUCCCAAUAUUCUCUGGAAACCAGAGGCCACAGCAGUCUCAAAUGCUUCGCCCAACAUGGCCACACACCCUUCAAAUGCCGUAAUGAAUUUAUUGUGCAGCAGCGAGGGCAGUGGCAAC